AAUUGCGCACGAGAUGUGUGUAUAAAAUGUAAAUGAAUAUAAUGCGCGGGGCUGAGCAACCCCGCGUUUUCCUCGCUCGCAACUUUUCUCUCUUCCGCCGUGGAUCGCCGGGAGAAAUUCUAGAGGCAGUCAAGCGCGAAUUUCGACGAGGCACGUUAUUUUUCUCGUCGACAGCGCCGGUUGAAAUUAUUAUGAGCGGUGUAUUGACGAUAGAGCGGAUCAUCGCUUUUCUCAAGGUGGACCUCACGUUCGCUUGUUGUUGGCCGCUUUCGGCCGACGCCACGAGAUGUCAAAGGAUUUGGGACAAGGUGUUUCGUUGCUUGUGCUGCCUGAACGGCAUGAUCAUGGUGAUAGCGUUGUGGUACACGUUAUUCACUGGCUACACUGACACGCUUCUCGUUAUGAAAGUGAGCUGCGAGCUGAGUGCCUGUAUACAAGUGCCGAUGCAGAUUACGUUGUUCACGCUCGAGAGCGAUCGUCUGCAAGUAGUAAUAAGCGAAAUGGAAAAUUACAUCCAGCAAGCGAAGUCGGAAGAGAAGGGUAUCUUUCAGCGAUACGUCGACAAGUGCAAAUUGUUUUACGGCGUGACGUUAUGUUGGAUAACGAUAACGAUGGUCGCCAUGGACUUCGGCCCUCUGUUGUUGCCCCAGCCGUUCCCGGUCGCAGUGCACUAUCCGUUUCAUGUGGAGAACCAGCUGCUGAAGAUCAUCAUCUACCUUCAUCACAUAAUGGUCGUGUAUCAAUGUUACGUGCAAGUGUGUGCCAAUGUCUUCGUGGCCCUCUUGCUCUGGUUCGUCGCGGCGCGUUUCGAGAUCUUGUCCGGUGAAUUUCGCAAAGCGACGAGCCUCUCGGAAUUUAUGCGUUGUAUACGGCUGCAUCAACAGUUGCUGGGAUAUGCAAGAGAUGUCACUAGGACCGUUCGAUAUGUGACAGUGACGUCAAUAGGAUUCAGCACUGUCGCGGUAAUCUUCAGCGGUCUUACUUUUUUGAGCCGACAGCCGUUAACCGUAAAGACUCAGUUUUUGACCCUCGGCAUGUCUGCUCUUGUGGAAGUCUUCACCUGCGCGUGGCCAGCUGAUUAUGUAUUAAACAUGAGUAGUAACAUCGCCCACGCUGCGUAUGAUUCGUUGUGGUACAACGAGAAAAUAUCUCUACGGAAGAGUCUGCUGUAUGUCGUGUUGCGAAGCCAUAAGCCUGUGAUCCUGUCCGUUCCGUGCAUGCUACCGGCUCUUUCGCUCAAUUACUACGCCUCCUACUUGUCAACUACAUUCUCUUACCUGACAACCUUCCGAGCAAUAUUUGCCGAGGAUGGCUUGCAAAUAUGAUCAAUUCUAAAUCCGCGUCAAUCCCACGCGAAGACGGCUAAUGGUGCGACACGUGUUGUACAUAUUUCGAUUACAUCUAUGAAUACGUAAAAGUAGAAGUUGACAAUGAAACAGACUCUAACGAUUAUCGGAAUUACAAUUUGUGUAUGUGUUUCAUCAUGUUUUAAUUCUUUGUCAUACCAAUUAAGUAACUAAGUUUACGAGCGAAAAUGUGCGCGAAAUAAACGACUAGAGCUUUUUUCUAUUU